GUUUGUAGUGCCAUAGUAAUGUCUUCAGCUCUCAAUUGCAUGCUUGUUGCUCCAUGGUAAACCCAAUGAUGCCCGCAUGCCACUGCUGGUGGUCACAUGACACACCUAGCUUAACUGUUACUUGCUGGUUCAGACCAACCGCCGUUUGGACAGUGAGUAGGAGAGAGUAGGUGUUUUUGAUCAGCGAUUGCUAAAUUUAUCCAAACCGUGAGUAAAAAUAAAAAACCGUAUAGGAGGAGUAGUAUAGGAGUAAAGACCAACAUGGAUUUGAGUGAGAGAAGGAGAUGUCCGGCUGGACAGGUAGUGAAAAGCUGCAUAGAAGGUAAGACCAACAAGGAUUGGAUCAAGGAGUCAGGAGAAAGAAAAUCAGAUGCAGCAAAUGAUAAAAAGAUUUGCAGAAAUGCACAGACAAGUCUGGAUAGGAGCAUUAAAAGGAGAUGGAGAGUAGAGAAACAGACAGAAAAUAAAGAGAAGACCAUUAAAAGGAUAGAAAAUGAAAAAAGACAGAUUGAAAAAGAAAGCCAGGCAGAGAAAACCAGUGAAGAUGAGAAGAUUAAAAGGAGAAGAUUUGAAGAAGGAGAUAUAGAAAAGGAAAGCCAGGCAGAGAAGAAGACUAGUGAAGAUGAAAGGAUUAAAAGGAGAAGAUUUGAAGAAGGAGAUAUACAAAAGGAAAGCCAAGCAGAGAAGAAAACCAGUGAAGGUAAGAGCAUUAAAAAGAGAGGAGUUGAAGAAGGACAGUUACAAAAGGAAAGCCAAGCAAAGAAAAAGACUAGUAAGCUUGAGAGAAUUAAAACAAGUCAGGUUGCUAAAGACGAUAAAAAAAUCUCAGAUGAAAAUAGUAAAGAAAGAAAUUUAGAGCAAAAUGAAGUGAAUAACAGAAGAUCAAGACCAGAAGACCUAUUAGAAGGUGGAAGCAUACAGAAGAGACCCCGUCUGGACAUUGAAAGACCUGCUCCCCUGGAUAGUAACAACUACAAGUUCCACACUGUACUGGGACAAGGAGGCUUUGGCCAGGUGAUGUUGGCUUCUUUUAGACCAAAUAAACAACUGGUGGCAAUUAAGAUCUUGAAGAAACAGAAGAACGACUGCUAUUCCAUCACUAAAGAAGCUCGUGUAUUGAAGAUCAGCAGAGAAUGUGCAUUUUUAUGCCAUUCUUAUGCAACUUUUCAGUCAGAGCUUGAAGCCUUCUUUGUCCUGGAGUAUGCCAGUGGGAAAUCUUUAUGGCAAAUGAUUAUGCGUGAAGGAGGUCUGCCAAUGUCGACAAUCAUGUUCUACACAGCAGAGAUGGUGGUUGCCCUCCAGUUCCUGCAUUCUAAGGGAAUCAUUCAUCGUGAUCUGAAGCCGGACAACAUAUUAGUGGAUAAAGACGGCCACAUAAAGAUCUGCGACUUUGGCAUUGUAGAAGAGAACAUCUUUGGCCAGAGGAAAACCUACGGCUUAGCAGGAACCCCUGGAUAUCGGGCACCAGAGAUUCUAUUAAAGGAAGACUACAAUACAGCCGUGGAUUGGUGGUCUUUCGGGGUGACAAUGUAUGAAAUGGCCACAGGUGAAUUGCCAUAUUCAACAUCAGGCAGCAUUUUAAGGCAGCGCUAUAUGAUUUUGAACAAAACACCAAAAUAUCCAUGUUAUAUGAGCGAGGAAAUGCUGGACCUCCUGCCUAAGCUUUUGGAGAUUGAUAACACCAAACGAAUCGGACAGAAUGGGAACAUCAGGGAGCAUCCUUUCUACAGCACUAUUAACUGGGAUGAUCUGGAAAAUCGAAGACUGAAGACACCUUUUCAGCCAGAAAUGCCAUCUGCGGACGACUUAGAUGAUUAUCCGCUAACAUUCUCCCCUCAUAGUUGCAAUGAAAAGAAUUUGAAAGAUUUCUCGGAAGUUGAUCCCAACUGGAAUUGGCAGGAGUAAGGCAUUACCUCUGUUCUAACAUGGGAUACCAUCAUUAGUUGCUGCCUGUAACAACCUGAGGCCUUUAACAUCUGUGGCAAGCUGCACCCCUAAACAACCAAUCCACCUGUUGUACCAAACCUAAACCAUCUCCUGUGAAUGUCAACUGGUUCUACCAUCAAAGCCAGCACCAGACGGGAUCUCUGACUGUAGCUUCUAAAGGAUGGAAAAUAGGAAGGUACUAUGGUAAGGUUACAUCUUGAAGGAAAAUUGCUAAAUAAAAACAGGUUAACCCCACCCUCCCCCAAACAUCUGCCUCCCUCCUAUUCCCUUACCUGUGAUUAACCCCUUUCCUAAGUGGCCCACUCCAGUGGCAUAACUAUAAAGGAAGCAGACCCCAUGGCCGCGGGGGGCCCGGAUCUGCUUCCUUUAUACUGUCUCCCUCCUACUCCCUUAUCCCUGAUUUGCCUCUUUUUUAAUCACUAAACCACACCCCAAACUUUAGUCUCUCUCUUAUUCUCUUACCCAUGAUUGACCCCUUUCCUAAGUGGGUCACACCAACAGCAUAACUAUAAAGAAAGCAGACCCCAUGGCCGCGGGGGGCCCGGAUCUGCUUCCUUUAUACUGUCUCCUCCUACUCCCUUUCCUCUGAUUUCCUUCAUUCAUAAUCACUUCACAACACCCCAAACAUCUGCCUUCCUCUUAUUCCCUUACCUGUGUAACCCCUUUUCUAAGCAGUGGUGUAACUAUGAAGAAAGCAGACCCCCUGGCCGCGGGGGGCCCAGGUCUACUUCCUCUGUACUUUCUCCCUUCUGCUCCCUUACCCUUGAUUUCCCUUCUUCCUAAUCUCUAAACAACACCCCAAACUUAUUUUUCUCCCUUAUUUCCUUACAUGGCAUAACUAUAAAAAAAGCAGACCCUGUGGCCGCGGGGGGCACGGGUCUACUUCCUCUAUACUGUGUCCUCCUUUUCCCUUUCCCCUGAUUUCCUUAUUUACAUUUCUCUCAAUCCCUUUCCCUAUUCCCAGCUUCUUUACCAUCCACUUUUAAACCCUCCAGGUUUUCUUCCAUACCUUAACCCUAGCACUUCCCAUACCCAUGCCCUCUUUGUCCUCUCCCCAACUUCUCUCCCAACUCUUCUCUGUGAGUGUGUGUGCUCUAUGUAUUUGUGUGUGUGAUUGAGUGUAAGUCAGUUUAGUCAUUUGAAAUGCUCACCCAUUUGUUGAACAGGAGAACACUGAGAUAUAUUUCUUACUAUUAUCCACUAGUAUUUCUAGGUGCGUCUAGAGUCAUUUUACUUGCAGUCCAUAGCCAGUUCAGAGGUCACUGUAUUUGUAGAGCUUGCAUUAAUAGCGCAGCAGCUGCUGACUGUACUGCAGGUGAAAUUGGCUUAGAAGCACCUUCAAAUGCCCCUGUGUGUAUCAUCCUUACUGUUCUCCUGUUCAAUGAAUCAGUUACCAGUGCCAGGAUAUUUUUAUAACCUGGUGCUUUCCCAAAUGUAUGCCGAUACUGAACCAACCCAUAUGCCCUGAAGGUAGCAUUGUACUUACUGUACAAAGCUACUGGUUUUAGUAGAAUUAGGAAACCAUUGAUCCAGGGAUUAUACCGAUUGCCAUUUUGGAGUCAGGAAGGAAUUUUUUCCCCCUUCUGAAGCAAAUUAGAAGCUGCUUCAGACGGGGGUUUUUUGCCUUCCUCUGGAUCAUCUAAAAAUUAGGUAGGAUUUGUUUCAGCAAAAGGUUGAAUUUGGACACCUUUUUUCAACCAAAAGAUCAAUGCCACACCUGGCUGAGAAAGCUCCCAUUCACUCCAUGGUAUAAGUGCACUGACAGUCAUGGAACAUAUUUUGGUGAGAAAAUGUAUAUUUAUGCUUCUCUGCACCAAAAUCCACUCUGUGUGUAUCAAUGCACUUACACCAUGGAGCAAAUGGGAGCGGAUCUGCUUUUUCACGGCCUGGUGUGGCAUUAGCCUCACUACUAAGUAACUGUGUCAGUGCACAUAAGAUCAUUAACCAUUAGAAUAUAAAUUAAACCAACUAAAACAAAAUCUCCUAAA